AUGCUGCGCUCAAUCACUCGCCGAUUGACGUCUUGCCGGAGUCACAGCUCAGUGUCCGCUGGCACUCCUAUUCGCCUCUUUUCCACGGCUCAGCUCCGGUCACAACAACUUCCCGGGGAGGAUGGACAAACUACGCAUUUUGGUUUCGAGACCAUUGCUGAGGCUCAAAAGGAGGCCAGAGUUGGAGCCGUUUUCUCCUCGGUAGCCUCUUCGUAUGACACGAUGAACGACUUAAUGUCUCUGGGAAUCCACCGAUUGUGGAAAGAUUACUUUGUCCGCAGUCUCAAUCCCGGGAGCAGGACAGACGACAAAGGCUGGAAUAUCCUUGAUGUCGCAGGCGGAACAGGGGAUAUUGCCUUCCGCAUGCUCGACCAUGCGACGAAUGUCAACCUCGAUUUAAAUACCAAAGUGACGAUCGCAGACAUCAACCCCGACAUGCUUGCGGAAGGCCAAAAGAGAGCUCUCGAAACACCUUAUGGGAAAUCUGGAAGAUUGUCAUUUAUGCAAGGAAAUGCGGAGUCUAUGCCUUCAAUCCAGUCGAACAGUAUCGACCUCUAUACGGUGGCGUUCGGUAUCCGCAACUUUACAAACAAGGACGCUGCACUCCGUGAGGCGUUCCGAGUACUCAAGCCCGGAGGUGUCUUUGCUUGCUUGGAAUUCAGCCAUGUCAACAGCUCUGUUUUCAAUGCUGUAUACAAGAGAUGGAGCUUUGGGGCUAUCCCCCUCAUUGGACAAUUAGUGGCCGGGGACCGGGACAGCUAUCAAUACCUGGUCGAGAGUAUUGAACGAUUCCCGACCCAAGAGGAGUUCAAGACCAUGAUCCAAGACGCCGGUUUCCUCACAUCUGGCGGUGGAUAUGAAAAUCUGACAGGAGGCAUCGCCAGCAUUCACCGAGGCAUAAAAGGGUUAUGA